GGACCCACAUGAGCAAAUGUAUAGUUUAGUGUGUGUGUGUGUGUGUGUGAAAGAGAGAGAGAGAGCGAGUUGUUUUCUUUCUUGGCUAUCAUUAAAACCCUUCUCAUGUUGAGAAUUUCAAGUCCUUUUGGCAUUGUUUAUCAUGGCUUUGAUGACAUUAUAUAAAUCCUUUUUUGUGGGUAUAAAUUAUUAUAUAGGAUUAGGAGGAGCUUGUUGCACAGUGGCUCAGUUGUUGUCUAUUCUUUAAUGGGUAUAUAUGAGUGGUUUUGGUUUCUUAAUAAGUUCUUUCUUUUGGAAUCUUGGUUCGUUGGUAGGUUUUGAUUAACCAGCUAAAAUAGUAAUUUUAUGUUUUUUUCUGAAGUAGUGUCUUGUUUCGCUGACAGAGUUUCAAAGUUAAGUGUCUUGAUUUAAGUUAUUUUUGUGGGUUUGGACAGGGAUUUAGAUCUUUUUCUUGAAGUGGGUAUGUGUUAUUGGAGUGGUUUUUGCUGCUUUUAGAAGAUGGAUUAAGCGAUUGACAGUGAUUUUCUGAGUCUUGUAUAGAUUUGAGGUUAUUUUUAGCAAGAAUAUUGGGCUAAGAGCUGCAUUUGGUACUGUUGCAAGGUCUUUGGCGACUAAAAAUGGUGAUUAAUUAAAGAAAAAAUUCACUACUUUGAUUCAAUCUUUCUUUGGCUAAGAAGGGGACCCUGGAUUUUGGGGUUGUUACUUACUGGUCGUAAAGCUCUUAAUUGGGGAGUUUAUUUUUGUUUGGAAUUGCUGGCGACUCAUUGUGGUUCUAGAGUUCUGCAUUAGCUAACCAAUCUGUUAUUUGUUUCCUGAGAAAAUGGCUUGCAUGAAACUGGGAUCUAAAACUGAUGCUUUCCAAAGGCAAGGGCAGGCCUGGUUCUGCACAACUGGGCUUCCUAGUGAUAUAAUUGUGGAAGUUGGAGAUAUGUCCUUCCAUCUUCACAAGUUCCCUUUGCUCUCUAGAAGUGGGGUUUUGGAAAGGUUGAUUGCAGAAGCAUCAGAGGAAGAUGAAAAAUGUGUGAUAAAUCUCCCUGACAUUCCUGGUGGGGCCAAAACAUUUGAACUUCUGGCCAAAUUUUGCUAUGGUGUGAAACUUGAACUUACUUCCUCAAAUGUUGUGUAUCUCCGGUGUGCUGCUGAGCGUCUUGAAAUGACUGAGGAAUAUGGGGAAGACAAUCUAAUUAUGCAGACUGAGAUGUUUCUUAAUCAAGUAGUCCUUCGCAACUGGAAAGACUCUUUAAAAGCACUGCAAACUUGUGAUGAUAUUCUUUCCUAUGCUGAAGAACUUCAUAUUACGAAGAAGUGUAUUGAGUCUCUAGCCACAAAAGCAUGUACUGAUCCAAAUCUAUUUGGCUGGCCUAUGAUGGAGCAUGGACCCAUGCAGAGCCCUGGGGGAAGUGUCUUAUGGAAUGGGAUAAGCACAGGGGCUAGACCAAAAAAUUCCAGCUCAGAUUGGUGGUACGAGGAUGUAUCAACCUUAAGUUUACCUCUCUAUAAGAGGUUGAUCUCUGUAAUGGAAUCUCGUGGCAUCAGACAAGAGAUUAUUUCUGGGUCCCUGGCUUUCUAUGCGAAAAAGUACCUACCUGGUUUAAAUAGGCGUCAAGCUGCCAGUGAGUCUAGUUCCCGUUUAAUUCCAGUGGCCUUGGCUCCACUAUCAGAAGAAGAGCAGAAGGUCUUACUGGAGGAUAUUGAUAGAUUACUUCCUAUGCAAAAAGGUCUAGUCCCAACCAAGUUCCUGUUUGGGCUACUUAGGACAGCCUUGAUCCUGAAAGCAAGCACCUCUUGUUUAUCAAACUUGGAGAAAAGGAUUGGGAUGCAGCUUGAUCAAGCAACACUAGAAGAUCUUUUGAUGCCCAAUUUCUCUUAUUCCAUGGAGACUCUUUACAAUGUUGACUGUGUGCAGCGGAUUCUUGAUCACUUCCUUACCAUGGAUCAAAUCACUGGUGGGGCCUCUCCAUGUUCAGUCGAUGAUGGGCAGUUGAUUGGAUCACCAUCGUUAACCCCAAUCACAAUGGUGGCCAAGCUGAUUGAUGGAUACCUUGCAGAGGUUGCCCCUGAUGUGAAUUUGAAGCUCCCCAAAUUUCAGGCCCUUGCUGCUGCUGUUCCUGAUUAUGCAAGGCCCCUGGAUGAUGGUCUUUAUCGUGCAAUAGACAUCUACCUGAAGUCACACCCAUGGUUGGCAGAGUCUGACAGGGAACAACUCUGCAGGCUGAUGGAUUGCCAAAAGCUCUCCUUGGAAGCUUGCACUCAUGCUGCGCAGAAUGAGAGGCUUCCACUAAGAAUAAUAGUUCAAGUUCUCUUCUUUGAGCAGCUUCAGCUCAGGACUUCCAUUGCUGGUUGCUUUCUGGUUUCUGACAAUCUUGAUGGGUCAAGACAAUUGAGAAGUGGCUUUGCUGGGUCUACUGAGGGAGGCUGGGCCACAGCUGUUAGAGAGAAUCAGGUUCUGAAAGUGGGGAUGGAUAAUAUGAGGAUGCGGGUUUCUGAGCUUGAGAAGGAAUGUUCGACGAUGAGGCAGGAGAUCGAGAAGUUGGGUAAAUCAAAGGUUUCUAGCACAUGGGGAAAUGUGUCUAAGAAAUUCGGAUUUAAGAUAAAGUCUCAAAUGUGCAGUGCUCAAGAGGGCUCUGUUAGCAACCAGAAUAAUGUUAGUGCUAAAGCUAUGAAGUCAAAUGACAGGCAUGGAAAGCACAAGAGAAAUUUGUCUCGCGAUAGGUAAGACAUGAUAUUAUUUUGUUUUUAUGUUCUUUCUUUCUUUUACCCCCAUCUGGCCUUGUUUCUUGAUCCAUUCCAAAUUGUAAUUGUUAUAGUUGUACUUGCUGAUUGUUAGUCCAAAAACUGAAGUCCUUCUCCUUGUUUGUGUCCCAUUCCCAUUCAACACUUCUUUUUCACUCUGUUUUUUUUGAAGUUUCUGCCUUGUAAUGUAGAUGGAAGCAAAAACGGUAACUUUUAGUCCUCUAUAACAUCAGUAAUGAACUGUGCCUAUUUACAUCCA